UGAGAAUCCCCCACCGGUACCGAUGAAAACUUCUUUGGCAUUUGACAGUGUUUGGCUUUGACAGAGACAGAUGUUUGAGGUUGUUGGACAAUUCAUAAAAAAUGCAAAUAAAACUUGCCCCAAUCACUAAUAAAUAGUAAUUAAUUUUUUCACUAAAACAACUAAUCCAUUCAUGUAAUAGUAAACCGGUCCAAAUUUUGGACAAUCCAGCAACAAAAAUGUCUAAAAAAAAUGGAAACUGUACUGAUUGAAUGUGUAAAGAAGUGGAUUCAAAGUGGAAGUGGGUGUGCAGUGUUUUCCUAAUUUAAUCUUCAAUAUCAGUUUUAUUGCUGAUUAUACACAAGAUAAAGAUACCGAAGCAAAUAAUCCUUAAUGAGGCUAAUAUUGAAUUAAUUGUGUAACACAACAAAGAUGUAUAAAAAAUCAACAAAACCUGUUAGAAUCGGUUACAACCUACAAUAGAAAAACAUGGGUAAUAAAGCGAGCUGUUGCUCUUAUUCCAGCCCGCAAACGUCGCACAGGGUCAUAAUACCCAUUGAAGAAACUUUACACGAAGGUGAGAUUAGUGUUACAAAUUUACAGCACAUAAGUGAAAGAGAAGGAGAUGAUGGUGAAGCCGAUCCUUCUCAAGACCCUAUGGCAAAGACUAUAUUUAUAGAAAGAUCGAAAACGGCUAUUGAAAAUGGCAUGAUAAGACGGAGGAGCCAACAUCAAAUAGCAGACCUCAGACCGCUCAAAAAAAGCAGUUCAUGUUCCACAAUUUACUUAGACGAUAGCACAGUGUCUCAGCCUAAUUUAAAAAACACAGUCAAAUGUGUUGCUUUAGCCAUUUAUUAUCAUAUCAAAAAUCGUACUCAUCACAGAGAAAUUGACAUAUUCGAUGAGAAACUGCAUCCGCUUACUAGGGACGGCGUGGGCGAGGAUUACGACCGGCACAAUCCCGAACAUAGACAGAUUUAUAAGUUUGUUAGGACUUUGUUCAAUGCCGCUCAAUUGACUGCUGAAUGUGCCAUUAUCACUUUAGUGUAUCUAGAAAGACUUUUAACUUAUGCCGAAUUGGAUAUUCAACCUUCGAAUUGGAAACGAAUAGUUUUAGGUGCAAUUCUGCUAGCAUCGAAAGUCUGGGACGACCAGGCGGUCUGGAACGUCGACUACUGUCAAAUUCUCAAAGACAUAACGGUCGAGGACAUGAACGAACUCGAAAGACAGUUCCUAGAACUUCUACAGUUCAACAUCAACGUACCGUCUAGCGUCUACGCUAAAUACUAUUUCGAUUUGCGCACAUUGGCGGAAGCCAACGAUCUAACAUUCCCUAGCGAACCGUUGAGCAAGGACAGAGCCCAAAAGUUGGAGGCAAUGUCCAGAGUGAUGGAGGACAAGUUUACAGCUGAAGCGGUUAAAAAUGGCUUGAAGAAAUGGUCUAGUUUGGAUAAUAUUACAAAUGGGGGUGUCUCUGCACGAAGGAGUGUAGCAAUUUUGUCAUAAGUCUUGGAUAUGUGGACGAUUUUAAAGAGAAUUAACUUUCAAUUUGGUUGAUGAAUAAUAGGCCUACAUUUUGAUUAUUCCUAAUCUAAUGAGUAAUGACUUCCCGUUAGUUGUAUAAGUAGGACUUAAUUAAAUUGGCAAUGACCCAAAUUUGAAUUUGAAAUAUUGUGUUUCAUAUAUUCAGGAGGCUCUUGUUUAUAGUAUAUUUCCUAACGAGUGCGCAAAGUAUUUUUUCUAUGAGCGAGAAGAUUUUUAAAAAUAAGAAAUAUUAAUUUGAUUAUUGUAAAGGAUAUUGAAAGAUUUUUGAAACGACCUUUGGGCUGAUGCAGGAACUGGGGGCUCCAUCUAAAAUAUGUUAAAUGUUCUGGUAUAUCUUCGUUCUCUUGUGUUUCAAUUUUUUGCGAGUAUCUAGGCUUAGGCUCACAAUGUAGAUAAAAUCAUGGCCAAAGAAAAGAUGACAAAUUACUUUGUUUGACACUGACGUGACACUGACCAAUAAACACUGACAGCAAAUUUCAUGCAAUCAUUUAGGGUCUGUUUCCACAGACAUCACAAACCAGUCAGAGCGAAUUUCAUUGGUUGGAAAUAGUUAGUAAACUGGUUAUUCGCGAUUUGAACCACUCAAAAAACGCUCUAACUGGUUUGUGAUUUCUGUGCAAACAGACCUUCAAGGGUACAUGAAUAUUUUUACUGGAAAUUUGUCAAAAUUGAAUGUUGUCAGCACUAGUGCGCAAAAUUAGCCCUUGUCCGCACUAGUGCGCAAAAAUGAAUUUUGGCCUCCCAACUGCGUGUGCAAAAUACCUAUUUUGAGCACGCUCGUAGAAAAAAAUUGUUUCCACAUUUUUUUUUUUUUUUUUAUGAAAAUACAAAUGUUUUAUUUAAUUCACGUUACUAAACAACACAUUUAUUCAUAUCAAUUUUUUAAUAUCUUAGUAAAAAUACUAUUAUCCAUAAUUUGUUUUGCUUAAUUUACAAAAAUACAUUAUGAAUAAAAAAAAAACGUACAGUACAAGCAAAUAAACCACUAGAAAAUAUUUGAAAACCAGUUUCAGUAAAUUGUCUUAAAAUCUAAAGGUACAAGCAGUCUGAAUAAAAAUCAGACAUAAUAAUAAACAAAAAUUGAAUUUUGGUCCCUUUGGCAAACACAACACAAAAAUAAAAUAUUUAUCUGAAGUUGAAACCUGGGUCUAUAACUCCUCUCAAUGUUCCAACUAGUUUUAUAUCCACUGGUUGAAUAGCCACUCUUUUAGCAUGGGCUGCACAUGCAUUGGCAUCGAUGAACAAAUCAGUCAGACAAGUUUCGGCUAUCAGUUGUAGGGCUUCUAAGGCUUCCACGGUUAUCCUUUUUUCUUGUGAACAGGAUUGCAAUAUUUCUCGGAUCAGUCUGGCAAAUGGUGCUUUAUUAAUCAUGAAUUUGGUGCUGUCUUGUAAGCGUCUCAUCACUUGGAGCAUUUCUCUUGAACAAGACUGAUGCCUGGGAAUGUUUUUAACUACAAAGAAUACUUCUUGUUUUUUUUUAGCGAUUUUUUUCGGUGUGUCGUUCUUUUUCGUCAUUUUGUUUUAAGGUGUUUUAGAAUUAUGAGCCCCCUUUUUCCAACUUUUUGUAAUGCAACAACAACCAACAAACCAGUAAAAAUCCAAACCUAGAAAUGCUCUUUGCUAUUCUAAAACUGAUUAAAUUUAAGUAGGAUUUACCAAAAAAUAAUUUUUAUAGGGUUCUUACUAUUUUUUAAUCUCAUUCUUAUAUUAAAUUUUAAACAUAAUGUAAAUAUUUACACUGCUUUAAUGGACUUAGAAAAUAUAUUUUACACUUAUGAUAGUAUUUUGAGAGUGUUUUAUUUCUAUUGUUUAGGGUUUUUGAAGCCGAAGUACCUUUUUUUUUAAAUAGAAAAUAAACUAAUAGACAUAUCAAAUGUUCAAAACUUUAAAAAAAAAAUAUUACAACACAAUAUUAUCAGCAUCAUUCACAACAGCCUCGUCCCAAGGCCCAUAAAUAUUAUCCUUCAGCUUCUGAUAUCUCACAAACAAAACUGGACAAAUCAGAUUAACCAAAACUACAACAAACAGGAACAAAAAGCUCAUCAAAAACGACACUUGUAUUAAAAAGCCAAAAUCCAACACAAACAAAAUCACAGUUAAUAUCACAUUGUGAUUUAGUUCUUUACGUAAAAUCGGUGAUAGUACAAAUAUUUGAGUUGCCACUGUUAAUAAUACGAAAGCGUCGUUUGCGGAUGUUAACCGAGAAGCUAGGCAUAUAGAGGCAAACAUUGCCGCACUUAGUGAAAUGCUUUUAGAAACCAUGGCGCUGGAAACCCCAUAGUCAAAAAAUAUUAAAUGCAGGAGGAGCAUUAUAAAAGUCAUUGUAUAAAUCGUAUCUGUACUUAUAGUGUCUGUUAAAGUGUGUAGGACUGGAGAAAAUAGUUGACCAAAAGCGACAAAUGUGAGAAUUGUCCUGAUGUCGUAGCCUAACGAGUGUUGCUUUACCUUCGGGGCACCUAAAAAUUCUCAUUGCUGAAAAUUAUUUAUGCAAAAUAACGACUUACUGUUGGUAAAAUCGAUCCGGUAAAAGACAAACCCCAAAAAGCUCGUGCCGCUCAUUCCAUACAAAACAAUCCCGGGCUCUACCCACUUGUUAACCAUGUACAAAUAAAUUAAAAUAAAUAAAAUUACGGUGAAAAAUUCUUGUAACAGUCGGCUAGCUCCAAGGCAAGCUUCCCACAAGCUGACUUCUUUAAAAUCUACAUUUUUUCUGAGGUCUUUGAGGAAAAUGUUUUGAUCAGUGUAGUUGUCUGGAUAGUCUUGUUUUUCGUACAGGAUUUUUUUCCAGGGUGCCUUGGGACGUUUUUUUCUUGUGCUCAUUGUUGAUAGGUGGAAAUUUUAUUAUAUUAUUACUUUACAUUGUAUUUUUAAAAGUUUGUUUAUAAAGAA